AAUAUCACCCACGACGCGAGUUUUCCAUCAAAAAACUCGACGGUUCGAUUUCGCAUGCAAUCCCGCAUGAGAUAAAAAAAAUUUCGUCGGGGUUUCCCCAGGCCUGUCUGCCGCAAUUGCCCAUACCUUCACCAUGGCGACCCGCAAGGUUCGGUACAAGAAACUGAGUGUCAAAACACAACUUGCGGUGCUCAGGGAGGAUCAAAUUGAAGCCUCCGAGUAUGAAUCACUCACUUCCGAAAACCAAAUAGCCACCGGUGUCGAACAGGCCGAGGAAAAUGAAUACCAUCUUCAGGCUGUGCUCAAGGGGGCAGGAGUCGCCGCCGACCAGGAGAUUCCUGUCCCCCCUCCACAGCAGAGUGAACUAGAUUACGACCAGUUCUACCCUCAAAAGGUGGCCAAGACAUCCACGUAUAUCCGGUUUUCCCAAACGGUAGAAGAAUGCAUCAGUUGCAUGUAUGACAUGACCGAGGACGAUGAGACGUUCCUCAAGUCCUACAACCUGAAACUGACCCCGUCCGCUCGUCUCUCCGAAGAUGAUUUCGAGAGAAUCAUGGACGUGUAUGAGGACAUGGCGGCGAACAUAACGCCGUUCUCGGCCAUAGACCAGACAGUGCCGUCUUAUCAGGAGAUGUUGCGAGGACUGGAGCCAUUAGACAGCACAAAAGUCAUGGUUCAUGCCAAGCAAAUAUAUGAGUACUGGAAGUCGCGCCGCGAAAUCAGCAAAAACCGACCGCUCAACCCUACACUGAAAUUCGAGACACAUGCGGAAAGCGACGAGCUUGAUCCCUACGUCUGCUUUCGCCGAAGAGAGAUUCGUCAAACUCGCAAAACGAGGGCAAGAGAUGUCCAGAGUGCGGACAAACUCAAGCGGCUGCGGAAGGAGCUGGAGGAAGGUCGUCAACUCAUCCUGGCAGCCCACAACCGGGAAUUGCUCAAGGCAGAUAUGCUCAAGGUAGAGCGAGCCAUCUUCGAUCAACGAGCCAUCAUCAAGGAGCAAAAACUCCGACUAGGCAUCAGGACGGGCGACGAGGAUCUAGUAAACCAAAAGCCGCAAAAGAGGAAGGCUCCGGAGGCACCCUCAGCUCAAAGACCCCCUCCACCUCCCCAGAUCCGUAUGCCUGUGCGCCCCGAUGGCCGUCCCGCAGAGUCAGAUCUUGUCCAACUCUCAGAUCGCCUUGCCGAGAAGAAUGCGGAGCUCAUCAUCGAGAUCGAGAAGAAGAUUCAGAACCACAUCGACUGGAACAAGAACUAUGUCGAUCUCACUGGCAAGCCGCUGUCUCCCGUUCAGGGCCCAAGACAAGAUUUGGGCUUCAGACCUGCCAAGACGCAGUAUCUCAUGACGCCACCAGCGUCUGCAUCCUCAGGAUCCAUGGAUGAGCCCACCCCGAUGGAUCUUGAUAAGCCCAAACCCAACCCACCACCACCAGUAAAAUUCAGGGGCGUUGCCCAGGACGAACAGUCAUUGGCGCAUCCACCCUCAUAUCGUCGUCGUAUCGGCCGGUUGAACAGGUUGUGGAUCGACCGUCGUGGUUUACCUAGUCCAGCCCGAGACCUCAGUGAAGAACAGUCCGAUCGCUGGAAGUAUGAUCAGUCCUCGGAUGACGAGGACGACGCGCCGGUGUAUAUGCUGGACCCCUUUGAUACAAAGGCAUUGAGGUACCGUGCUUCAAUACCACUCCAGACGGUCACAAGACCACCCCCACCGGUUAUCAACCGGCAGUUCAUCCCUCCGGGCGCCGUCCCACAACAACUUGCCCAAUCUUCUUUUGCUCCGGGACAACCACAACCGCAAUCACAACCUCAACCAAAUCAAUCACAAUCUCUCCCUCUACCUCAACCACAACAACCAGUAGCACAGCCACAGCCGCAACCGCAGCCCCAGGCUCAACCGGUGUCAUAAAAUUGGCGUUUGUAGGAGUGUUGUGUUGUCAUCUCUUUUAGAUAUCGUUUGGCUUUUUUCGCGGGCUGGUGGUCGAGCA